AUGAUCAAAUAUGUCUAUAAUCAGGUCCUCUGGGUCUGCAUGUCGGUCGCACAGCUUCUUGCUGCCUUUGGAAUCGGGCUCAAGUGGAUUGUCAUGACCACCCGUUGUCUUCUUUUCGGUGUGUUAAAUAUCAUAUAUUUCGUGCCCUCUUUGGUCUGGUAUAUCACCUCGCCCCAAAUCAUACGACAUGUGGCCUAUCGUAGUUCUCGUAAAACGAAACUGCAAAACUGCAGGGCACAACUCAAGCGUUGCAUGCAACAACAGCAUACAGGCAUGCGGAGUUCAACGCCAUACGAUGCGAAUCGUGGUAAUGGGCAUGUCCAUGAAGAGAGUCCCUGCCGUAAUGAGGAACCAUACUUGGGCGCCCAAGACCAUCCUCCAUUCCGCACCGUUGAUGAACUUGUGUCAAUGCUCAAUCCUGCAGACGGGUCCUAUGUCGAUGGGUUUCCCGUGAAUUCUAAUGGUGUUACUAUGAGUAAGGCCCAUGAAAUAUCAAACUGCAGUACUUCUAUUAAUGAUGCUAAAACUAUUUUAAAAAGUAUUUUCCUGAAUGAUCAGAAGCCAUUAAAUAUCGAAGAGAGGAUUUCGUCCCUUGAAUCCGACUCGGACGAUGCCUUAUACACUUCUGAUGAUUCCGACGGCGACGAGGAGGACGUCAAGAACUUGCACAACCGCGCAACACUCGACAUUUACCUCCCUAUGCCUCUGGAUAGUCUUCUUCGCUAUGUGGAUUACGAGGAAAAGAUCGUCCGCACAAGGGAGCAGGAGCCGGCUUGCGACGAAAGGAAUACUAAGGACAACGUGCAGAGCAACAUUCCCAGGCUCAAGAAGUUUCCUAUUGUAAUUUCCAUCGCCGGUGGGGCGUGGAUUAUUGGCAGCCAGAUGUGGAAUGUCAUGCUCGCGCGGGUGCUCGCCGCGCGUGGUUACAUCGUCUUCUGCCCCGACUACCGCAACUUCCCGCAGACGACGAUGGAGGGGAUGACGCUGGACGUCUCGGACGCGAUCGCGUGGGUCCUGAACAACGCCGCGCGCUACAACGGCGACCUCGACAACGUCACGAUGAUCGGGCACUCCGCGGGGGCGCACCUCGCGAUGAUGUCGCUCAUCUCCCAGGCCCACCUCUGCGCGUACGCGGCGACGGGGAAUCGGGAGGGGCUGCCGCCGCCCUCCGGCGUCACCUACAACGUCCCUCGCUACAACCCCCGCCAGUCCAUCCACCGCUUUAUCGGCCUCAGCGGGCUUUACGCCCUGUUUCGGCUGGUUAAGCACCUCGAUGGCCGUGGGCUCCCUCGCCGGGUGUUCUUCCAGAUCGUUAGUGGUCGCGCGCAGCUGUGGCGCUUUUCCCCCUGUGCUUACUUUGACGACUACCUGUUAGCGCACACCGGCGAGACGCUCCCCCUUAUUUUCUUUGAUUAUUUUCCCGAGGAGAUGCUUUUCGCGCACGGCGACGCCGACAUGAGCGCGCCGGUGAGCGAGACCGCCCGGUUAGUCUACAAGAUGCGGAACGCGCAGCGGAAGAUGUUGAUGACUCUUUAUCAGUCAGACCCCGACCGUGCCCUGAAUGGGCCGAGCCCGGUCUUAAUCGAGUACGUCCUCGUGCCUGGCGCCACGCACACGGACUUUGUCGUUGAGGAGCCGCUUUCUGGUGGGUAUAGUCAUGCUUUGGAGUUGCUCGAAAACUAUAACAUGUGCCCUAGUAACCAAAGAAGCAACGGCGGAUCGUCCAGCGGCGCCUACAUACCGGUGUCGCCGAAGGCCUCGACAUCGACGGCAGGAUACGUCGAUCAUGACCGUAGUGAGUUAGUGUUGACUACAGGGCAUGAGGAGAAUGCAAAAUCUAUCACGAAGCUCGUAGGUCGGCCAGAUACCAUAUUGAUCCCUCCGGAGUUUUCGAAAAAACGCCCCAUGGUAAUGCGCCUGGCCAGCUUUGUUUCACCCUUCUAA